GUGCGCGGCGCGAGGCGGAAGUGACGUCACGCAGCGGACCCCGCGGCCGCCGGUGACAUUUUCGGCGGCGGCGAAGAAGAAGAAGAAGAUCUCAGUUGCUCCUCCCGGCUGCCCAUGCCCCAGCUGCCGCCGCCCCCCGCGGGCGAGUCCAGGAGGGGCCCCGCGUCCCGCCGGCUGCUGUAUUGCUGAAGUCCAUAUCUGGUUCAACCAGGCUUCCAGACCACGUGCUCCAUGCUUUAAGACCAGGAGGACCUUGGUGUUCUGAAAUGAAGAUGGAGGCAGUGGGAAAAGCGGAAGAACUUGUUGAUUUGGAAGUCCCACCAAAGACUUCUGAAAAGCAAGACGCUGCUCCGGAUGAAGACGGACCUAUAGAACUGGAGACACAAACUCAGAAAGACAACAUGCCUGCUGCAGCAGACUCUGCAGUGCUCUCUUCCAUGCCUUGCUUACUGAUGGAACUGAGGCGAGACUCUUCGGAGUCUCAGCUGGCAUCUACAGAAAGCGAUAAGCCAACUAGUGGUCGAGUUUACGAGAGUGACUCUUCUAAUCAUUGCAUGCUUUCCCCUUCUUCCAGUGGGCAUUUGGCUGACUCAGACACAUUGUCUUCCACAGAAGAGAAUGAACCCUGUCAGGCUGAAGCUGUUGUAGAGGGAGACCCUUCUGCAGUGUCUGGGCCUGCAGCUGGAAGGAAAUCCAGGCGAUCCAGGUCUGAAAGUGAAACUUCAACAAUGGCUGCCAAGAAAAACCGACAGUCUAGUGAUAAGCAGAAUGGUCGAGUUACCAAGGUAAAAGGUCAUCGAAGCCAAAAGCACAAAGAGAGAAUUCGGCUGUUAAGACAGAAACGGGAGGCAGCUGCUCGCAAGAAAUACAACCUGCUGCAGGACAGCAGUACCAGCGACAGCGACCUGACGUGUGACUCGAGCACGAGCUCAUCAGAUGAUGACGAAGAGGUUUCAGGGAGCAGCAAGACAAUCACUGCGGAGAUACCAGCUGGCUUCAGUCGUGCUGGGGGAUCUGGAGGAGCGACCAGGGAAAUUCCAGGAUUGCUUGACAGGGGCACCGUGUGGGAUAGGAACUGCAUAGGCAAUGUCCUGGAAGAGGCCAUGAACUGCUUUGCCGAGAUGCAGAGGCAGACAGAGGAGAAAUUUCGCAUGUGGAUAGAAAAGCUAACCCGUCUUGACACGGAUGAAGAAAGCAAGCAACAACUGGAGCCCAGGGAACCUAAAAUUCAACUAGUUGGCCAAAGAAUCCCCCCUACCACACAGUCAGGGGCUUUCAUACAGAUGCCUGAUAGCCAAGUACUUCCACAGCAGUCGUUUAAUUCUUACGGGGGCUAUCAAAAUGUCGAUUCUGCACUAGAGUUUCCAGUGACUUUUAAUAACAAUUUUCCGCCUGUCUUUCCAGAGAACGGGAAUAUUGCAGAGCCUGAUCUGAAUCAAUCAUAAACUCAAAAAGAAAAUCCGAUCUUUGCAAUCUUGUUGUUACUUUGGAUUAUACUGAAAACAAGGUUUGCUUUUCUCUUUGUAUGUGUUUUGUUUUGUUUUUCUCUUUUGAGUUUUAUUACCAGGGUAUCUUUUUAAUUUAUAGAGAAUGUAUAUGUAGUUUAAAAUAAACCCCACGGUUUUACCCAUGUGCAUGUGCCAGCACUUGCACACCUUUAAAGUUGUGAGAGGGAACCACCGUAAGCUUUCAUCACCAAACUUGGCAAAAUACAACUUAAGAGCCUUGUUUAGAUACCCUCAAAUCAAUAAAUCUGUGUUUGCUACAAUAGGAGCAUUCAGAGUAUUCAUCAAAAUGCUCUUUUUUUGCAUGUUGAAGCAUUUAUAUAAGGAAAUAAGUUUUAUAUUUAAAGAUGUAAAGUACCCUAGAGAGUGAGAUUAGAUACAGACCCGUAUCAUUUCUUUAACUAACUGUUUACUCCUCAGUUUUGAAGCUUGAACUUGUCACAUCUUAGUUUUUUCUUCUUUGUUUUCAGGUAGAAGGAAUGAAUAAGCUUGCCCUAAAGACUUAGCUCUUAUAUAACAAACAUGCACAACUGAUUUUUCCUUUUUUUUUGUCUCCCAUUUAGUAAUUCAUUUUCUGUCUGGAGUUUUUAUUAAUGUCCCUGCUGUGUCGCACAUGACAUAUUUAUGGAAGCAGUUGUCUUAUACUGUGUGCCCAAAUGCACGCAUGUAUGCAUACAUAUGUGUGUUUGGUUUGGAUAGAAGUAAUUUCCUCUGAUUUUAGGUGCCCAUUUUGCUGUUCUGUGAUCUUCUUCUGAGUCAGUGGGAAGAGAUAAGCACCUACAGAGGACUAUCUCCUGGCACUGCCGUUCUCUCCCAUCAGUUGCCCAAACCACCCUUAUAAACAGUUUAGAACAGACGACUUUUGGCUGAAGUUAGGUGGGAUGAAUCACACCCAACUGUGUGUGUGUGCAUGACCCGUGUGCACAAAGCGCUGCUGCUUCCUUCUGUAUAUACACCCAAACUGCAUCCUUCAUCAUGGAAUAAAAAUAGCCCUGUCAGUCCUAAGAUAAGCAGCCGCUGAUGGAUGGAUUGAGCACAGGAAUUUAGAGGAAGGCUUGACAGUCAGGUUAAUAAACACUGUGGUGGGCCAAAGGUAUGGGUGGCUGGUCUGGGUCAGACAGCCAGAGCUGCUUCUGAACCAUGUUUGAAUGACUGAAAUCAUGAUUUCCUUGUGGUGAGGAAUGGCAGAACACUAGUUUCAUUUAAAUAAUACCAUAUCUCGCUAUUGUGUGGAUUUUUUUGUACUGACAAUUAUCUUAAAUAGGCAGGCUUGAAGCUGUGACGUUUAAAGUACAAUUAAUUUAAACUAUAUCUUAGGAAUCUCUGUUUCAUUCUUUCUAUUACCAGCGCGCACAGGGUUUCUUUUUUUGGUCACCUCUCCACUAAGGCCUUUCUUCAUGUGAAGUGACUUCUCGGUAGCUACCAAAAAUAUGUAUUUAUCAUCAGUUAGAUCUUGCCUGAAGUUUCUAAUGCAAAUUAAAUCAAAAGUCUAAUAACGAAAAUGGAAGUCUUUGCAUAGACAUAGUUUAAGUAAAGAGAACAUUAUAGGUCUCCUUUAGCCCUAUUAGUUUUUUUCUGAAACCAGUCAUUUUUUUUUCCUAAUGAUUUUUGUUUAAUUCAUUUUCUUCCCAUUGGAAGUAACCGCUGUGUAUCUUCUGUAGGUCUGAUUUUUUUUUCCUCCCCAGAGUCAGUGGGAGUAUUUUUAUCAAUUUAUAUGGGGGUUUGUAUCAAACCUGUAACAGAAACUCAAGAAAUGCUUUUUAGUUAUCAGUGUUUUAACAUUAUUCUUGGUCUACACUUGCUUUUUCUAAAGUAUGUGUUGCCUUCAUUAGAAGAAAAUAAGGUUAGAGAGUUGUCUUAUUUCAGAGUAACUGUUUGAAAGACUGUGCAGGAGAUAAUAAAGUACUGGAAUAAGUUCUUUACGGAUCACCUUCAUGCAUAAUUUUGAUGCAAAGAUUUUGAUAUGAGCUUUUAAGAAAUCUCCCUCAGCGGAAAUUGUUUCCGUUUUUAACUUAACCAUAGGUAAAAGUUAAAUGACUUAUGUUUGAUAGCAGUUUAAUGAACUUGUCCUCAUCUGUGUAAGAUCCUUCAGGGCAGAUUAUUUGCUGAUAAUAAUAACAACAAAAAAAAUCAGAUCCUUCUGGUGUUGAUAGAUUGGAGGUGUGUAUAUAUAUAUAUAUAUAUAUAUAUAUGUAAGCACCUUUAUGACAAUGGUAAGAGCAGCAUAUUUUAAAGCAUGGCAACUUUACAAGUCUUCCCAUGCAUGCAGAGACAGCUUUUUGCAGUGACUGGUGUUUUAUUUAACAUCUAAGAGUCACUUAGCUCAGCACAUCUGUGAGCAUGCCCUUAACCUUCUUUAUUAAAUAGUCUGUAUGGAGCAAUUAAGUGUUUCAAAACAAAUUGUCUGAGGAUAUCAGUUGAACGUACUUAUCUCUCAGACUGAAACACGCUUCCAUCUACUGAUAUCCUGAAUGGAUAAUAACUCUGUUAGGGAUGUAGCCAGUGAAAUUCCUGCAGGCUUUCAGUGUCUUGGUUUGGUAGCCUUAAAAAAAAAAAAAUAAAAAAUUGACAUUAUUCAGAGUAUUAACAAAUAAAAUUUUUUUGUUUGGUUACUAUAGGCAAAAAUGAAAAAGUUUCAAACAUUUUCAUCCAUCACUGUUAAUUGUUAUUGUCAAUGCAAGCAGCUGUGAAUGUGAACAGGCAGAGGAUGACAGCAGUCAAGCGUGCAGAUGUUAGAGCUGUACCUUUCCUAGGGCACCCACAAGACUGAAGGAAUAGUUCAUGUUAGGUGUAGUUUUAACUUAAUUUCUCCACAAAAGCUGCAUAGUGCUAAGAAUACCUGCGCGAGACCAGUGGUUGUAAAUGGUUUUGUAAAUGAUAAAUAAGUGUUUUGUUUGGUUGCUCUUUUCACUCGCCUCAAAACUGGAACCAGACCUUCAGCUCCCUUAACCAGCUCCUUUGCCAUGAAGAGUGUGCGUUGACCUACGUGGUUGAAUAUCUGGUCCAUUAGCUUGUUUUCCUUGGGAAACAGCAGAUUUCUCUUAAGAGGUGAGUGGGGAACCCCACCUCUUUGUUGUAGCAUAAGCUGCCUGAUGAAGGAGGUGGCGGGCUAUGCAUUUAAACAGGAGCAUUUCUCCUUCCUUUGUACUGUGACCUUGAAAGAUCAUAGAAUCGUAGAAUGGUUUGGGUUGGAAGGGAUCUUAGAGAUCAUCCAGUUCCAAGACACCUCCCACUGGAUCAGGUUGCUCCAAGCCCCAUCCAACCUGGCCUUGAACACCUCCAGGGAUGGGGCAGCCACAACUUCUCUGGGCAACCUGGGCCAGGGCCUCAGCACCUUCUGCAUGAAGAAUUUCUUCCUAACGUCUAAUCUAAAUCUUGCUCCUUCCAAUUUAAAGCCAUUCCCCUUUGUCUCAUCAUUCCAUGCCCUUGUAAAAAGCCCCUUCUCAGCUUUCUGGGAGCCGCUUUCCGUACUGGAAGCUGCUGUAAGAUCCCCCCAGAGCAUUCUCCAGGCUGAACAAGCCCAACUAUCAGCCUGUCCUCAUAGCUGAAGAAACCACCCUUCAGAUACCAAUACUAGUGAUGAGUCUGUGUUUUGAAUGUGUGUGUGACAGCCUUUGGCGUGUGUUUGAGAAAAGAGAUUCCUAAUACAUCAUUUCAGGUAUUUUUUUUUUACUCCGAAAUAUUUUUGCUCUAUUAUGUGGCUGCAUUAAGUUUGUCAUGAUUUCCAUUCUAAGCUCUUAUUUUCAAAGGGCUUUGACUAGAAACUUUCAGGGAGUUAAAAUUUCUUCAUCUGUAACUUUAACAUAAAUUUUAAUCUCAACCAUUCCAUAUUUCAUUAAAGCAGUCUGGCCUUAUUUAAGACUAUUACAAGAUAUCAGAAGGAAACUUUUCUACUUUCCAGCCCAGACUUAUAUUUUGAAUGUAUGUUUAUGCUCACAUCUCAACAAAUUACUUCAAACCCUCCAAAUUCAGUAAGAGGAGAAGUCAGUAGAAGUUUUGCACAGAUGUGGGGAAUCACAGAUGACAAUUCAGAGUUUCCCUGGGUUUUUACUAGUUCAGGAGUAAAGAAACAAUCUAGUUUCUUUUAAGAAUUUUACUUAUCUUAUGGUUUUGAAAGAGUAAAUGCAUCAAGUCAGGUCAGCUGGUGUAGGCUGGUGUAGUUCCAGGGAGGAUGGUGCCAGCUUAAACCUAACUGGCUUAUUCAGGUUUCUAUAUUGCCAUUUUUAAUAUCAAAUUACAUAUUUUCAUUGUGGCAGCCAUUUCUACAUGGGAGUAAUCAAACACCCGUUUGACUGCAGCGUCAGGAUUCAGUAGCUGAUGAAACACAGCUACUGUGUUAGCAUUUUUAGUAGAAGUGGAAGAGAAAGAUGUCUUUAUGUAACGACUUAAUUUAAAUGUCACUAAAUGUCAAGCUGAGAGUUCAGUAAGUGAAAAAUUAAAGGAUCUGGUCCGAGAACCUCGGCUUUAGUGUGCAGAGUUUUUGCAGGCUCAGGCUUGGCUGCAAGUUCUUCCCCAGGCGUUUGUGCUGCUUCCUCCCUUGAAUAGAGUUUGGUAAGGAAGGUUGGUAGGAAAUUCCACCUUUCACACAUGGUUUUAUCUGAGCGUUUGGGCUUCUGACAAAACAUCUGAAUUUUCAGUUUUCAGUUAGGAAAAAAAAUAUAAUAUUCAAAAGAAUACAUUCAAGUAAAGGCAGUGAAAGGUUAUUCAGUUUCUAUUGAAAAAAAUAACUGAGCAGGAAAAAAGAAAAAUCUCAAACCUUUCAGUGUUAUUUUUAACAGUAUUAGAACAAAAUAAUUCAGGCAGAAGUGUACAUCUCUAUUUUUUUAAGUUCAUAGUAUCUUUUAGUGUUUUUGCAAGAUGUUUGAGUUGUUGUGUCUGAGCUGCUAGAGUUAAGGCUGGAGGACCAAUCUUAACGUCAAGGAAACAAGAUUAUGUGUGGUAUUAUCAUACAAAUUGAAACGUAUUUAUUGUCACUGAGUUCUCUUAUUAAUAUAUUUUGUCUCUUACUGUAUCCACAUAAUGUAAAUCUCUUGUUUUUGAAGGUAAUAUUUCAAGGGCAUUAAGAAAUUAAAUCCUAGUCCUAUUAAAAACUGUAGAAAAUUUCUACUAAUUUUGAUGGAGCUAGCAUUUUACCUCAGUGGAAAUCGAAGUUAUUUUGCAGUUUUUAGUCAGAGGAUCCUUCAGCUGACUUCAAGGGGAACCUUUGUCUGGUGAGCGUGUGUAAAUCAGGCCAGUUGAGUAGCUGUUUUUAAAAUAAUCAAGGUCUGCACUGUGACCAACUGCAGUUACACUCGAGAGCAUUAGAACAAAUGCACUGUGUAGUUUGUACUGCAGAAGCUAAAACAUUCAGGCUGAUUGAUGGAGAUGGACAGUACCUUGCAAAACACAAAGCCAGAAAUUGGUCUUUCUCCCAAAUUUGAUUAGUCUCAUAGUGUUAGAUCAGCAAAAUGAAGGCACAUGGAAAAUAGGCUUAUUAAGUUAGAAAUGAUUUGAAGUGCUCUGUUAAAUCUUGCAGAGUGAUUGAGCAGGGGAUUAGUCUGGACCAUCAAAAGCUUUUAAUCGAGGUUGUACUUGGUCCUUCCAUGGGGAGAUGCGGUUUUGACUUGCAAAAAUGUGAUGUUUUCUGGAGGGGUGUAUGUUUGCCUGCCUUUUCCUGAUGUAAGUUGUAUUUACAUAGAGAAUUCUUUUUUCAGCUGUCCUAGCUCUGUAAAGGGUAGGAUGUAAUGGUUUCCGAAUCCAUCCCAAUACACUUUUGCAAGGAAAACUGGGGAAGAGAUCUGGUGAAUGUAUCUCUCUUCCAUAAUUAAUGAAUCAUUAGGUGGCAUCAGUGAAAAUAAAUCCUAUCAUGCGAUGCAGAUUGCACGCCACUUCCUGAUAUUUGCAGUGCACAGCAAUGUUCCAUGUGCCUUUCCUUAAAGCAUAACGAAAUAUUACGUCUCUCUAUAUAAUUUGGUAAAGCAAAUCCAAGAUAUUUUCCAUCAAGUUGUCAAAAAGCCUGAAAGAAUGAAUGUUGAUUGGCAAGACUUGAGUUUUUGAGAUCUCUUUUUGAUGUGAUAUAUUAAAAAUGGUCCCGUUUGAAAACGUAUGCUCAUUUCGUCAUGUUUGUUUUUAUUAUUUUAUUGUUAUAGUUAAAGGAAAACCAUCACAAAGGCUUUACUGUGUGAAAUGAAGGAAAAUGUGAGGAAAGCAGGUUCAUUGAUAAUGUUUUGCUCACUUUAUGAUUUUAGAGAGAAUGUUGUUACACUGCUAUUGUUUUUUAUUGUAUUUACAAUGUAUUCUUUGCCUAACCCUGUAAAUUUUGAAAUGUAACUACUGUAACCUGGAAUAAAUAAAUAAAUAUAAAUAGUAAAGAAGCGUUUUAUAUUGCUGAACAACAUAAAAAAAGCACAGGUCUGCUGUCCCAAUCCCCCUUUGGGAACUGUUUUAGAGUCCCACUAGUUUAUGCCAUUGUGUACAUACUGUGUGAAACCACAGCUCUGGGUCAUGUCUUAAAUAAUACCAGGUCUGUGUUGUUUAUCUAAAUCAAGAAAGCUGUUACUUCAGCCCAUAGUCUUGUAUACAAAGCAUUUUUGUUUGGUUUGGUUACUCAUGUGUUUACUGUAGAACUAUUUUGGCAAAUCACUUAAGAUGAAUCUUCUCUAAGUUUUGGUACACAAAAAAAAAUAUUAUUUUGAUUAUUAUAAUGAUCAUCUAAUCUAAAAUUUUAUAUAGGUAUUGAAGUCCAUUGUAUGUUUUGCUUAAUCUCGAAGUAAGUAGAGCUGUCUCUUAAAUGGAAUUGUCGAAUGUACAUGAGGGCAUUCUUAAGUCUUUUAUUAUUAUAAAAUGUCUCGGUAUUCUCUUUGAUUAUAUAAAAAUAAAUGCAAUUUAAUGUAGAGUAUUGAGAUGGAGAUAAAUCAUAGAAUCAUGGAAUGCUUUGGGUUGGAAGGGACCUUAAAGCCCAUCCAGUCCCACCCCCUGCCAUGGGAAGGGACACCUCCCACUGGAUCAAGUUGUUCCAAGCCCCAUCCAACCUGGCCUUGAACACCUCCAGGGCAGCCACGGCUUCCUGGGGCAACCUGGGCCAGUGCCUCACCACCCUCAGCGUGAAGAAUUUCUUAAAUUCAAUAAAGCAGUGCCUGUACUCACAGGGAAGGCGCAGAGGUGAUGCUGGGAAAAGCCAUGUCCCUUCGCGCUUGACAGGUACCUGAGUGCCUCAGUGUAGAUUCUAUGUGUUUCACAAAGGCAUUCCUGAACACUAUUUUUAAACUCAUCAAUAAUUUACCAGUUAAAAAUAACACAGUAAUUUGAGGGGAGUGUUGUUUUCAGCAAAGGUGAGCUCCUCUGCUUGCUAGCCUUGAGCAAGCUACACAUCUCUGCUCGCCUCAGUUUCCCCAACAGCCAUAAGGAGUUUAAUAACUACGUUUGAGCUCUUCGAGAUCCACUAAUGGAAAGCUUUUUGUGAGAAUAAAGUGCCAUGAUUGUUACUGCUAUCAUUACUGCAUGUGUUCUGUGUCUGUUGACGCUUAGGGUGAUAAACCUGAAUAAGGCUCGAUGUCUUCUCAUUGCAAAGACACAGAUGAUGCUGGAGGGUGAUUCAGACAAACAAAUUCAGGCUUUUAAUUUUCAAAUUUGGAUCAUCCUCUGGACCUUUCAGUCCUUUCCCACUGCUUGCAGAGAAAAUACAGUGAAGUUUAAAUCCCAUCCCUAAAUCAGAUGCCUUGUCUAAGGUCGUUGUCUUGGCUUCUUUUGUUUACUGGGAAAGGAGAGGAGAUGAUGCUCCAGACUGCGAUUUCCAGGCUGCUGCUGCUUCACCCUGAAGUCCCUCUUUCUGGCUCCUGUAGGAGGGAGUUGAGCUGAGCCUUCAUGCCUGAACUUCAAAGACUUAAAGGACUAAAUUCACCUUUCAGGUUCUGCCAGCUAAUACCUUUUGUGUCCUGUGACAAAGUACUGCUGUGCAAAGGUACAGUGCUUUGUGUAGAAUCAUAGAAUGGUUUGGGCUAGGAGGGACCUUAAAGAAAAUCCGGUUCCACACCCCUUCCUGCCCUGGAUCGCUGCUUUUAACCUGCAGCUGAAAUUUUAUGGUUGACUCCCCCUUUUUCGCUUGUGCUGCCAUUAUAAUGAAUUAAGAAAUAAUAGGGAUGUGGGUCCACUUUAGACCACUGAAUGUUGAGAUGCAGUUCAAUGGAAAGCAUGGGAGUGGCUAGAAAACAAGAAAUUAUUGAAUUUGAUAUCACAGGCUUAAAAUAAGAUUGGUAUGUGUAGAUGGGGGGGAUUUUGUGCAUGUGGCUUCCGGUUCGGUUGUUCUGAGUGGAAUUAGUUUUGAUGAGCUCAGUAAAUUAAGGGAGCGUUGGGCUCUUGGAAACGCUGUCCCUGUGAUGACCUUUGUCUCUGAAUUCCUUUAAAAAAAAAUAAAGGACUCUUUCCCUCCCCCUGUUAACAUUAAAUGUCAACAGCUGUACUUUGCUGCUGGUACUUAUUAACUUUCAGCCUUGUCUUUUUUGAGCAUUUAUUGCUUUAGAAAUGAAUUAAAGCUUAUCACCAGGGAAAUGUAAGUCUUCCAGCUACCUUAGCUUCUCAAAAGAUGUGAUUUUUUUUUUUUUUCCUAAAUAGAUUGUUUGAAUUUCUGGCCAGAGGACCUCCUAAUUGUGCUACAUUAAAUUCUGAUUCUGGCAUGUUUCCUUUAUGGUGUCUGUUUUUCUGUCUGUGGAAAUCCUGUUGCAGUCAGUAAUUAUGAGGAAAGGCUCUACUGUAAAGAAAAAAUUAUAAUUUACCACAAUGUGGUUGUAGUUAAUCCUUCUACCUUUUCAACCUGAAAGUAUUUUUUCACUUCUUAUUUCCUAGCUGAAGCCAGUUGUCCUUGUUUCUUGCUACCACACAUU